ACUCUCCAAGUCUGACAGCCUUAGAAGUGAUGCUUUCGUGGGUACCUGGGCUGGGACGAGAGCGCUGGUAGCCUGCCAUCCUGUGCACCCCAACUUUAAAGAGCAGGUGCCACCUUCCUUUUUGUGGGCUUCCUGUAUGUGAUGUGCUAGGGCUUCCAGGAAUGUCAGUGUGUUUCUUUAUACAGAAGUAAUGAAGAUUUAUGUCAGAUAGUCCAAAAGCACAAACACAGGUCAGCAAGAAUGGGGAAAAUAAAAUCAGCCCUCUUCCCACUGCAUGAUGAUAACCGCUGCUGUUACAUUGGGAGGUGUGUGUCUAUUUGUUACAGCCAAAGCAGGAUCACUGCCUUUUGAAAUUUGCUGCUCUCCUCCCUGCCAUGGAAUAGGGUCCUGUGGGGCUGCUUGUGUUUGGCAGCUGCCUGCAGCCUGCUCCUCUCUUGCAGGGGUGUGUCCUGGUUUACUCUGUCAGAUUUCUCUGAUGGUGCUUGGGGGCCGUGCCCACUUUUCUGUGGUACAGGCAGGGCUAUCUGGGUGUAUCUUCGGUCACCCCUUUUGUUAAGUUCUGAGAAGUGGAGUGGGUCAGAGGCCCAGUGACAAUUUGAUGAUACAUCCGAUUAUAGGUUAUAACAGUUCAUGUUCCCACCAUCCUCACACCCUCCCCACCACUGGUAGUUUUCUUUGCCAAUUUCAUAGGCCAGAAUUACUAAUACUGUCUCAUGGGUAGUAAUCAAAGAAAUGACAAGUAGACCAUUUCUAAAUGUAUACUGCUUCAAGUGUAUAUAAACUCACAGUUAAAAACAAUUAAUUAAAAACAAAGAGAAGCCUCGGCCCCUGAUGAUGAUAGCGUGCAGAACUUGACAUUUAAUGCUCAAAUGAAACUGGCCUCGCCUCUUGGAUCAGACACAGAGAGCCAUGAAGAACAAAUUCUUUGUUCCUGUACCUUUGUAUUAACACAUGAUUUUUACCCUGAUGUUGAUUACAAGACUAGAAAUGUUUUCAGAGUUAUACUUGGGGGCAUUUUGAAUUAAGAUACGAAACUCUUGUCCUUUGUUGGACAGCUCAUGUGACCACAUUGAUGGAGCUGGUCUCUUCACUGACGUCAGAGUGUUUAAUGCUAAGCUGUAUGCCAGUCACGUCCUCACAUAAAUAGGUUGUUUAACUAGAUUCAUAAAAAAGCUUUUAUUUCCCUACCUUGGACGAUGGCUUCAGUUUGCUGUGCAUCAUAAACAUUAUAGCUUGUAGGCAAGGCCAGCUGAUGGCUUCUGCGUUGUCUAACCCCCGCGAUUGAGUGCACCUUGACUUGCACCUCCCUCAAAACCACACGCAGACUUUUUGGGCCAGGGGCUCUCAGGGUGGGUAUUCAAGCCUGGGGGGCUCUGGGAAUCAGUGAAGUUUUGAUAAACUAGGAUGCAGGUUAGGCACUUUUGUUUCUGUCUUUGUAUCAUCUGAAAUUUUUAAGUCAUUACAUGCUGAGCACCUCUUUCUUACUCAUCUUGCUAUCCCCAGCUUGUGUUACAAAAACGUUCAGUAUGCAAUUGAAAAAACAAACUGGGUAAAUGGCAAACAAAUUUAUAUUAGUCCUUGGUGGUGGCUCAUGCCUGUAAUCCCGGCACUUUGGGAGGCUGACGUGGAUGGAUUGCUUGAGCCUAGGAGUCUGAGACCAUCAUGGGCAACAUGAUGAAACCCCGUCUCUACAAAAAAUACUAAAAUUAGCCUUGUGUGGUGGUGGGUGCCUGUAGUCCCAGCUACUUGGGAGGCUGAGGCAGGAGGAUUGCUUGAGCCCGGGAGGCAGAGGUUGUAGUGAGCCGAGAUCAUACCAGUGUACUCCAGUCUGGGCGACAGAGCCAGACACUGUCUCAAAGCAAACAAAAAACGACAACUUAUAUCAGGCCUUUUUUUUUUGAGAGGGAGUCUUGUUCUGUCGCCCAGCCUGGAGUACAGUGGUGCGAUCUUGGCUCACUGCAACCUCCACCUCCCAGGCUCAAGCAAUUCUCUUGCCUCACCCUCCCGAGUAGCUGAGAUUACAGGUGUGUGCCACCAUGCCAGGCUAAUUUUUUUUUUUUGUAUUUUUAGUAGAGACAAUUUCACCAUGUUGGGCAGGCUGGUCCCAAACUCCUGACUGCAGGUGAUCCACUCGCCUCGGCCUCCCAAAGUGCUGUAGGCAUGAGCCACUGCACCAAGCCUUUUUUGUAUUUUUAGUGGCGACAGGGUUUCACUGUGUUGGCCAGGCUGGUCCUGAACUCCUGACCUCAGGUGAUCCACUCACCUCAGCCUCCCAAAGUGCUGGUAUUAUAGGCGUGAGCCACCGUGCCCGGUGUCAGGCCUUCUUAAGAAUCAGAUAAACACCCUUCAGCCUAGUGUGCAAUGUGGAUUGAUGUCUGGGGGCUGCUCUGGCUCAGCCACGGCCCCGGGUGCCAGAGGUGGCUCCUUCCCGUUCAGGGUAGCAUGCCCCUCCCAAAGCGAGGAAAUUUUCUACAGAUGUAGAAAUAGAAGUGAUUUUCUGCCUAAAAAUGAACAUGGAGAAAAACAUUGUUUGAAUUCAGGGUGUGCACAGGACACCAGCACGGAGCGAGGAAGGCUGCACAGGUGUCUCCAACCCACCACCCCAUGGCCGCGAUGAUGGGCUCAGGGGCACGCCUCCCAAGAGGAUGCCAUGGGAGGGACUCUCACAGCUGUCUGGAUAGUUUCAGAGACUCCAGAACACAGGUCAUCUUACUGGAAGGUUUUGUUUGUUGGGAAUUUUAUUUAGUUUUAUAGCAGGAUCUGAACAUCACUACAUAAAAACUUUUUUAUACUUAAAAAUUUAUUAGAGUUAUUGCAUGCACAUUUCUGAAAAUUUAGGGAAUUCAGAUUAAAGACAGUUAAAAUCAUCUGUGUUUCUAUUGAGCAGAGAAAGUGCUGUCCCGCAGGAGCCUGUCUGCCUCCAGCCUCAUGGCUGCUGUUUUCUGCAGCCUCUGAGUGCAGACAGCCUCUACUAGUGGGUGUCGUCGUGGAGGAGAGGCAGCCCCGUGGGCUUCGGGGAGCUGGGUGCACCUCUCCUCUCACGCAGCCGCCGUGACAUAGGGCGUGUCCUGUUCUUUUCUUGUAGCCUAGUCUCCUCUGGGCAUGAUGGAGCCUUAACAAGCUGCCGCGAGUUUCCAGGAACUCACGUCUGUGAACACUAGCCGUGUGUGUGGCACGCAGACAAGUUCAUUCUACAGGCAACUGUGGCUCCUGUCAUUCUUCUUGUAUUUGUAGUCUUGGUUAUGGCAGCCUGCGCUGUAAGCUGUUUAAACUCAGCUUUAUGUGAGCUAAAGGUGAAGAGAGCUUCACUGGAGGAGUCAUCAAAAUACAUUCUCAGGACCAUUUUUUCUUCAAUUUUUCUUUUUGACAUCCUUCCAGACUGGGCUUCCCAGAUGAUUCUGACGCACAGUCUUGGCCACCAGCGCUCCGAUGUGCCGAGGUCCUGCUGCGGCGGGGCCCUAGGGCUCCUGCCCUGGUGUCUUUGGGAAUUGGAGUCCCCUGAGCCUUUAGCAAUUGUAGCUUAGGAUGAGAAGGAUGGGCAGGGAGAGUGACUGCCUGUGUUGGGGAGGCUGAGUGGCCCCAAGGCUUGGAAAUGGGAUGGGUGGAAGCAGAUGUGGGGAAGGGCUGGUCCCGGCUGAGGCACUCACUCACUGUGUCUGCUUCAGUCUCAGGGGCAUUGGGUUGAAUCUUUGAGUGCCGGGAGUCUGUUCUGGUCUGCUGGGGGAGCUGCUUUUGGAGUUCCUGGUGUCUUAUUUCAUGAGGUCGUGGCAAGAUGGUGAAGUAGCAGCAGUGCAUAGGGUGUGAGGAUGGUCCGUGCCAGGGUGGUGCUGCCGGGCCGCAGCUGUGGACGUGGUGGUGGUGUGUGUCAUGUUGGAAGGUGUGUUUGUUCAGACACACUAGUCCUGGGGGCUGCUGGGCACAUCACUGGCGACAUGCCCAAUGGGGUGAGGCAGCGGUCUCGGGUGUCCACAGUCGAGCGCCCCAGAUGGCAGGGUCUGCCUGGCGUCCACACAAGCAGGUGUGUGACCAGGGAGGGGCCCAUGCACGGCGCCUCCUCCUCGUGCACUCGCCAGUGCCGCAUAUCCCUGACUGUGUGCUUCCUGCUGCGGCAGCGGCCUCACGCUUGCUUGCUUCCUCCUCUCCAGGUCAAACGAUCAAGGAGCAAAGGCGGGCUGGCCGGCCCCGACGGCACCAAGUCUGUCUUUGGGCAGAUGUGUGCUAAGAUGAGCUCGUUUGGUCCCGACAGCCUCCUCCUUCCUCACCGUGUCUGGAAAGUCAAGUUUGUGGGUGAAUCUGUGGAUGACUGUGGGGGCGGCUACAGCGAGUCCAUAGCUGAGAUCUGUGAGGAGCUGCAGAACGGACUCACGCCCCUGCUGAUCGUGACACCCAACGGAAGGGAUGAGUCUGGGGCCAACCGAGACUGCUACCUGCUCAGCCCGGCCGCCAGAGCACCAGUGCACAGCAGCAUGUUCCGCUUCCUGGGUGUGUUGCUGGGCAUUGCCAUCCGAACCGGGAGUCACCUGAGCCUCAACCUUGCCGAGCCUGUCUGGAAGCAGCUGGCUGGGAUGAGCCUCACCAUCACGGACCUCAGUGAGGUUGAUAAGGAUUUUAUUCCUGGACUCAUGUACAUCCGAGACAAUGAAGCCACCUCAGAGGAGUUUGAAGCCAUGAGCCUGCCCUUCACAGUGCCAAGCGCCAGCGGCGAGGACAUUCAGUUGAGCUCCAAGCACACGCACAUCACCCUGGACAACCGCGCGGAGUACGUGCGGCUGGCGAUAAACUAUAGACUCCAUGAAUUUGAUGAGCAGGUGGCUGCUGUUCGGGAAGGAAUGUCCCGCGUUGUGCCUGUCCCCCUCCUCUCUCUGUUCACCGGCUACGAACUGGAGACGAUGGUGUGUGGCAGCCCUGACAUCCUGUUGCACCUUCUCAAGUCGGUGGCCACCUAUAAAGGCAUCGAGCCUCCCGCAUCGCUGAUCCAGUGGUUCUGGGAGGUGAUGGAGUCCUUCUCCAACACAGAGCACUCUCUUUUCCUUCGCUUCGUCUGGGGCCGGACGAGGCUGCCCAGGACCAUCGCCGACUUCCGGGGCCGAGACUUCGUCAUCCAGGUGUUGGAUAAAUACAACCCUCCAGACCACUUCCUCCCUGAGUCCUACACCUGUUUCUUCUUGCUGAAGCUGCCCAGGUAUUCCUGCAAGCAGGUGCUGGAGGAGAAGCUCAAGUACGCCAUCCACUGCUGCAAGUCCAUAGACACAGAUGACUACGCUCGCAUCACACUUACAGGAGAGCCGGCCGCCGACGACAGCAGCGACGAUUCAGAUAACGAGGAUGUCAACUCCUUUGCUUCGGACUCUACACAAGAUUAUUUAACAGGACACUAAGAUGGGGAAACGUCCUCGUGAGACGAGAGCCUGAGCCAGGCAGCAGAGCGCUCGCUGCUGUGUAGACUGUAGGCUUCCUGGUGUGUCUGAUGAGAAGCGUCCGUCCUCGAGCCAGGCGGGAGGAGGGGGUGGAGAGACUGACUGGCCGUGAUGGGAAUGACAGUGAGAAGGUCCGCCUGUGUGCGUGGAACACUGUGGACGCUCGACUUCCAAGGGUCUUCUCACCCGUAAUGCUGCAUUACAUGUAGGACUGUGUUUACUAAAGUGUGUAAAUGUUUAUAUAAAUACCAAAUUGCAGCAUCCCCAAAAUGAAUAAAGCCUUUUUACUUGUGGGUGCAAUCGAUUUUUUUUCUUUCUCCUUUCUUUCAAGUGUCGUGAGUCGUCUUGAUUGUAUAUUGGAAAUAACUGUGUAACAAAUCGUAUUAUAAAUAUUUCAAUUAAUUUUACUCUGAAUUUGUUUAUUAAAAGCCUUUUGAACAUGAAAUGAUUAGUAUUACUUGAAUGCAUCCAGAGGAUAUUUAAACCAAAAUGAAAAACCAGAAGGCCAUUUGGUGUCCCAUCUCCCAGGUGUCCCCUUGUAGCAUAUGCAUUAUGUCAUCUGAAUUGAGGCCUUUCUGUGAACAGCAUCAUAACUUCUAUCAUGGAAAGUGUACUAUAUAUAUAUAAUGUUUGUGUCAUGUAUAUGCCUAAAUUUUAAUUAUCUAUAAAUAAAACAUCUGACGUAAAA